CUGUGGAAGCUGAAAUGUAAAAGAAAACUAGAAGAGAAAGAAAAAAUUAAGAAGAAAAAAGAUCCCCCUUUUUCACUGCAUAAGAAAGAACAGUUUUUUCCUUUGUUUUCUCUUCUUCUUAUCUUCGAGUGCCUCCAUAUCUAAUCUGUUGUCAAUGAUGCAGAGGGUGCGGGUAUCGUCUCAUCAAUUUCCUUUCCAUAGAUUAGGGGAUUCCCAAAUGGCGGUUUCCCCAAAAUUUAGAAUAGACUCAACAUGUUCUUCUCUGAAAGGUCCUUCUAUGGACACGGAAUUGGCUCUCAGAGGUGACCCUCUGAUUCCAGGACUACCCGAUGAUGUGGCACUCAAUUGCCUCCUCCGGGUACCCGUUAAAAACCAUGACGCGUGCAGGGAAGUGUGUAAGCGCUGGUAUUUUCUUUUUGGGCAUAAAGAAUGGUUCUUUUCAAGAAGAAAGGAGCUUUCUUUCUUGGACCCAUGGCUAUUUGUAUCAGUCUUUGACAAAAGUUCUGGGAAAAUAGAGUGGAAGGUGUUUGAUCUGACCAACUUCACCUGGCACACGGUUCCGGCAAUGCCUUGCGCUGUCAAGGUCUGCCCCCAUGGGUUCAGGUGUGUGGCUUUGCCACACGAAGGGGUUUUGUUCGUCUGUGGUGGGUCCUUUGCAGAAAUGGAUUGCCCCAUCAAUGUGGUCUUGAAGUUUGAAGUGCAGAGUAACCGGUGGACAGUGAUGAAGAGUAUGAUCACUCCAAGAUCAUUUUUUGCCUGCGGGCUGAUUAACGGGAUGGUUUAUGUCGCGGGAGGGAACAGUACGGAUCUUUUUGAGCUCGGGUCGGGCGAGGUCUUGGAUCUGAAGAAUGAGACUUGGCGUCCCAUUGCAAACAUGAGAGCAACUAUGGCUUCCUAUGAUGCUGCAGUUCUUGAUGGGAAGCUUCUGGUGACAGAAGGCUGGUUUUGGCCCUUCUAUGUAGGGCCAAGGGGUCAAGUAUAUGACCCAAGAACCGACCGUUGGGAGGGUAUGUCCUCCGGACUCAGGGAGGGUUGGACCGGUUCGAGCGUCGUGAUAGAUGACAACUUAUUUGUUGUUCCGGAACACGAAAGGGCAGGUGUCAAGGUUUAUGACAAAGAAACUGACAGUUGGAAGAAAGUUUAUGGACUUCCUUUGCCAGAGCAGAUCAGAAAGCCAUUUUGUGUCAAUUGCUGUGAGAAUAAGAUUGUUGUUGUGGGCCGAAACCUGCAGGUCGCUUUGGGACACAUCGCGCGACACGAAAAAAGUGAAGAGUUUGAGUUUUGGGUUCAAUGGCAAGUAAUCGAAUCGCCCAAACCUCUUUACCAUCUGAUGCCAACUUCUGCUCAGGUUUUGUUUGCUUAAGGUAAGGAGCCAUUUUGGCUUUGGUUCUGAACACAGUUUGGAAGGGCAGUUAUGGCAAUGUGUGCAUUUUUCCCCACAGUUUUCUUUUUCAUUAAUGGGUUUUUAAAGCUCUCUUGCAUUUAAUUAGUCUGAAAAGCUGCUUUCAAAAAAAAAAACUAGUCUGAAAAGCUUUUUUUUUUCAGUUCAGCUUGGCUUCUGU